ACUAUGCCGGAUAAACGAACCUUAGAAAGCAAGCGCCCAUACAAACCACGAACGCGCACUGGCUGUAUAACCUGCCGGCGUAUCAAGUGCGAUGAAGCGCGGCCAAGCUGCCAAAAAUGUUUGUCGACAGGCCGAAAGUGCGAUGGAUACGCCGUAACUGGAGCAUCAACGCCAAAGCGCCAUCAAGAAUUGAGUCUGAACGUGUACAAAACCGGAGAGGAAUGCAACGCGAUCGAUUUCUUCCUUCGAGUCUCUAUCCCCCAAUUCACGGGAAACUCACCAUCUGAGUUCUGGAACCGUCAUGUCCUCCAGCUAGCCCAGCAAGAUGCUGGCACACGGCAUGCCCUCGUCGCUCUUGCUCAUCUCCAUCGAGAUUUUACCAACCCUCAAAACAAGUCACAGCACAACCAGCCAGCUUUAUAUCAUUACGAUGCAGCAAUUCGAAGUCACAUCAGCUCGCUUUCUGGAGAGAUGCAGGGCAUACUUAAUUCUAGUUCUGCAACGUCGACUGCCAUCGUUUUCAUGUGCAUCGAGAUUAUGCAAGGUCAUCUUGCAUCUGCUGUCUCGCUUUUACAGCGCUCCGUCGCCAUACUACCAAGAUCUACGAACCAGUACGUUCCGCUAUAUGAAGAGUUUAUAUCUCGCCUUAAGAUCCAUGCCCAACGUCUAGUGGACAAAAACAUGUUCGGAUCGAGUCCCUUUGAUCAUGCUUCAAAAGAAGUGGUCAUGAAGUACCAUACACCAGAUGAUUGGCGUGAGUCGUGCAGAGAUCUGCUUCGAGAUUGUACAGCGAUCUUUGGAGAACUACCCCUGGAAGAAAGGAUUAAAAGACUUUGUAUCAUGUCGGGAGUGCCAAAGACUAUACACAACAACUCUCCAAUCUCACGCGAGGCUGCAGCACAUAAUGCCUUACACAUGCGAAGGCUUCUCGAAAUCACAAACAUAUUUGACGAGGAAGUCGCUCACACAAGCGAUGAAGAAAAAGCGGAUAUGAACGACUCGUUACUUCCUCUUUAUCGCGCCACUGUUUCCCUGGCGGAGGCAAAUCUAGGUCUGUCUAGUUCCGACUCGCAGGAAACAACGCCGCUCGCGCCUUCCUUCGCUCUGGACAUGGGUGUUAUUGGUCCUCUUUACGAGGUUGCCCGUCGUUGCCGAGACCCAAGCCUCCGCAGAAGGAUUGUGCAUCUGUUACGAAUGUCAAAUCGACAGGAGGGGCUUUUGAAGAGUUCAACCUACGCCAAAAUCGUGGAAACAAUCAUAGACAUCGAGGAGGCUGGCCUGACGGACGUAAAUUCGAGCUCAGAUAUACCUCUGCGAUCACGUAUAUCCCAGCAUUGCCUUUCCUUUGAUCUUCAACGACUCAAACAUACCAUAUCGUACAAGCCAUUGAUCAAAGAUUCCGAAGACUUUUAUCAUCGGGACAUUCCCACAUGA